UUGAGAGCCUAUGCGAGCGUAUCAAAUCUCGUCCUUAAUAAACACGGCUGAGAAAUGUCGAUCUAGAAGCAACGCAAACGCAACGGCAGUAUGCUCGGUAACAUUUCUCCCGUUGCCCCCAAUCACACACACAAACGUAUGCUCAGCGAGUCUACAUCACAGGCUCGUUUAUGGCUGAACCCUUCCCUCGAGAAACAACUAGAGGACGCUAUCCCGAACUCGGUCUCAAUCCCACGUCUUCAGCAAUGGCCCAUGCCAUGCCACGGACCACAACGGAGGAUGACCACUGACGAUGUCUUCUCUGUGCUCUCAAGCUCGUCAUGGUCGCUCCAGAACCCUUGUCCCCCAUCCCAGCCCAUGCUUUCCACCCCGGUGCCCCAGCCCGGUCACCUUGUUGCUUGCGCCAUCGUCCCACACUGUACAGCCGAGUAUCCUCGAUCGCGCCCGUGUCCGCGACCUCCACGCCUCGCCUUGCUAUUCGAGGCAAGGCAAGGAUAUUGAGAACAUGGACCCUAGGGGCUGUAGGCCAAAAAAAUGUCCAGUUUGAGCGGGCACGCUGGCGGAAUUAACCAGCGAGAAAGCAAGAAUUCGAUUUGACUUGUGCGGGAAUCGAUUCGGUACAGGGCAACUUGAUGAUCAAGGGAUCAUGAUGGGCCAAGGGACCAAGGGUCACGGCUGGCCUGCCAUGUUGCUAUUCACAGACACAUCACAUUGUAAUGGAUGUUAUGCUGCCCACCACGCCUCAACGCUGCUGCUUUGGGCUCUGGCCUUUGGACUCUGAGCUCUGGGGGUUUUGCGCUGCAGUUCGUCAUUAUCUCCUGUUCUAUGCAAUGUCUGUCAUAAAAGAGGCCCCUCUUCCUCGGAUCUCUCCCGUGUCUUUCACUUUUGCUUCUUUCCUCUGUUUCCCAACUUUGCAUUUGCACAGCGUCUUUCAGUGUGUUCCUCAGGGAGCACGCUUAGUUGUGCGGUGUGUUCUCCGUUCUCUGCUCUCCGUUCACCAGUUGGUGUCGGCCGCCGACGUCACCAAAGCUACAGUACCAGGUCCGACGAGCAACGAACAACGCAGAACGAGAACGCUCCGACCAUCCGGGCCGACAUCUCCACCCACAACGUCUCCAGCAGGGCGGCUUGGCUUGACCUUGGUCGUCGAUGUCGUUGUCUUAGCUGGCUCUGGCUCUGUAGCUGAAGGCGCCAAACCCGCUUGUGCUGUGCAGUCUGCAGUGUGCACCAGAAGAAACCCCGGUCCUGCCGCCGACCUCGUCCGCCCAUCCAUUUCAGGUAUUCCUGCGGCGCACUCCCUCUCUACUACCCUCUACACCCACCACUACACUCUGCAUCGCACCCCCAGGGCCGGGUUACAGUAGCGAGCGAUCCAACCCGGCCACAAGCUAGGUCUAGGAACCUACUGUACCAUACAGUUCCAGAGAAGACCCCAAGACACCCCAAGGGAAAAUUACCCACCCACCGGCCGGUGUAUCUCCACUCCGUUCCUCUCUCUCAUCAAUUGGUUUUGUUCAACUUGCCCUCGAAAACUUUUAUUAUAGUCUUCUGCUCCCACGUUCCUUGUCCGGAUUUAUUUUUCAGCCUCUUCCAGCUCUGCCUAAGCUCCGCCGCGAUAUGUUACUGAAACUCAACUGUCCGGUUUAACAAAGCUUUCUCGACCCAGUUUCCCCAACCUCAAUCCACUUCCUCUAUUAGCGCGGGAGCGCUUUUGCGGGACACUUAUACACAAGCCUUGGACAUCGGUGUCGAUAGAAACCCACCAUAUCCUCCCUCCACCUAGACCGGACCGAGCAUACUCGACUCGAACUUGGUCACCUUGGAUCCUACAUAUCUGGCUUUCGUCAAGAAACGACUGCUUUCACAAUUCCCUAGUUCGCCGUUUAACCUCGAGCCGACUGCACCUUGAGCCAGUCUGCACCCGCCAAAAUGAUAAUUGAUGGAGAAAAGUAUGCUUGCGAGGCUUGCGUCCGCGGCCACCGCGUGAGCAAUUGCCAACAUUCUGACCGCCCACUUCAGCAUAUCAACAAGAAGGGUCGACCAGUUUCCCAAUGCGCUCACUGUCGCGCCAUGCGCAAGUCGCGCUCUGCUCACGUCAAGUGCGACUGCGGCGAGAAGACAAGUAAAUGUGCCCACUUGCAGCCAGCCGUUGAGGGUCACACUGAGACAUGUUGCUGUAACCAUGGUGGCCAUUGCAGCUGCUCCCACAAGAACGAGCCUGCUCUUGACACCGUUCCUGAAUCUGACUCGGAGCGCGAGUCUUUGACCCUGAGCAUUAGUGGUCGUCCGAAGCCUCCGGGUCGACGACGACGAGCCAACACGGUCCACUCAGACGGUGUCCUGACCUUCGAUCAGCACGGCAACCACAAGCCUGCUCACCGAAGCAACCGGGUCUCGCAAAAAUGUGGCCCAUAUCAGCUUAACAGGGUGAACUCGGCUCACAGCACUGGCAGCUUGGGCGCCGACAGCAUGCUGCAGAAGAGCACACGGGAACCUCCCAGUAGCCGAGCACGCGCUGCUACCAACCGAGAGCGUAGGGUCAAAUCAGAAACCGCAUCGCCCCUGAUGAGCGGUGCGAGCAGCUUCCAGAACCUCAAUGGCAACCUGCCUCCUCUGGACCUUUCAGGCAUUGAGUACCCUCCUUAUAUGGCUAACAGUACGUUUGACCUGUUUGGAUCUGGUUUCAAUUCAGAGACAGAUGCGCCCAUGUACAGCGCUGGCCUCAGUGCUGCUUCAGUCGACUGGAGCCACUAUGAUCUUUCAGAGAUGAAGGGUGAGAGUUUCACGCCUUCCAGUUAUAGCCAGGCCGGUACUCAGAGCUUCAAUGGUCUCUUCGACUUCGGUAGCGGUUCAGAGCAUCUUCCUCACCUGGCCAACACUACAUCGACCUCGGGCGAGGUUUCCGAAGUGGAAGAUUUUCUUCCUGGAGGAGACGGCGACUAUGACGGCCUGGAAGGAUUCAGCCGUGCCGAUAGCUUCAUCCGACAGAACGGUAACGUGAUGGCCAACUCGACCGACCUCACUACCAUCGACUACGACAGCUUCUACAAGGGAACAGACAGUGGCCCUAUGGCGGGGGCGGGUCUAUCCAUGGUUGAGGACGACCCUGCUUUCUGGAUGCCCAAUUAUAACGAGGGCAUCACUACAAUGGACGAAAGCCCCGACCCUCUCGGCCCUGCUUCAGUGCCUAGCUUCUGGGGUAUGUGAGAAAUUAUCGAGGUUUCGAAUAUUUUGGCGUACACAAUACCCAUUCGGUUUUUUUUAUUUCAAGUCUUUAGGGUGACGCACCGGCAGGCGUUGAAAAAUACCAUAGGAGUUGAGGCCAUGAGAGGCAUGGCUUCUUUUACUCAUUUCGCGUGAAGAGCGCCAACACAUAUACGUUUUAUACAGAGCGAAUCUACGCUCACAACCACCCGCAAACCAAUCGCAUCUGCAUGAUGCUUGGGUUUCUUGCGGUGAUGAUUACGACAGACAACAUUCUCAUCCAUGAAGUAGACAGUUUGGGAGUAUUGACGAGCAUGAGUUUUCCUACUAUCGGCUGGGAGGAAUGGAAAGGAUAGAGCAGGCGCAGAUGGCUUUCUGAAUUAUACAAGAAGCAGAGCAAGGACAAAGAAGAGACGAGCAGCGCAAUUUGUUUGGAUGAUUUAGCUCGCGAAAAGAAAUGUGAUCAAGACAGACAAAUCCAGUUUGAAAGCAAUGGCAGACGGACUAUGGCAGUCAGGCCGAGAGAAGAAGACCAAGUUGCACUUGUGGUCCGUCGAGUUGCGCUCGAUUUUAUCUGCACGGGGAAUUUACAAGCUGAGUGAUGCAAGGAGGAAGGAGAUUGCAUAUUCUAGACUCGUCUGUCAAGCAGUUAUUGCGUCUGUUGACUCAAUUGUUCAUCAUCGUUCUUUGUUAUUUCUGGUUCGAUGUUUCUGCUUCUGGCCUCAAACUGGGUACGACGAAGAGUAUUCAGCAAGACUUGAUUUAACGCAAUAGACUUUUAUGACUGAGGACCAAGACCAACCGAGUCGAGGUCCAUGAGCCAACACCACCAAAUACCGUUCCAUCAUACAUAUUUACAUCCGUUGGGUGAUUGUGUCGACUUGGAUUGAGGAUCACUAACAUCAGCUUGCUUCGAACGUCGGCGGUAUCACUUGUCAUUGCUUCAAGAUAACAUCACACGGAUCCCAUUGCAGCCCGUCGUCGGACGCCCGGAGACGAAGUGGUUCGACCAGCCAAGUUGCGUGGUGCAUGGGAUAUCCAAAAGGAUGCCUUCUGCUGUCUAGGGGUCCAAUGCGAGCGGUGCUCGACCAACAACAAUGGCAGGUCUCUAGGCCUGAUUUCAGAAACAGCCAGCGUUUCUUUCAUAUUGUUGGUGUCCUAUAGGCCCGCGCCCGCGCCGCCACAGAUGGGCACUCUAUUUCCCCGUCAUUUCUUUUCCUCCCCAUGAUUCCAGGGAUCCCCAAGCCGGGGUCAACAGGGAUAAAGGAAGACGUGGCACUUGGGCCAGGACAUCAUCAUCCAUCUGCAUUCGAUGUGUCUUGCUUUACGUACAAGCUCUGCUGAUGUUCCUGAUUGUUUCCAGACAAUGUCGAUCAUCCGAGGUCCCCAUGAAAAUGGUCCAGAGGCUGGAAACUGUCAUGAAAGAUGUCACCAAAGACCCCACACACAUGAAAGAUUCUUUAGCACAUCUACAUGCACGCUACUUGCCUUUCUCGAGCUCGGAGAUGCAUACAAACAAAACAGACAAAUGCACUCUGCUUUUUACGUGCUCUGCUUCUGUGUUGUACAUGCAUCUAACGAUCCAUACCGGGUCCGGGCCGGCACAGAAGCAUCAGCUCAGUGAUGCAGGGCCUGGCCUGGUCUUUUUCUUCCUGGCCUGCAGUCCAAGUUGCAUUUGGAGGGGCGUACAGCGCAUGUACGUACUUCAUAUCAAGCAAAGAAGGUUUCUAUACUGCUUCUGAAAAUGGCAGUCAGCUAUGGUACACAAAACAUGUGUCGCAUGUCUCGGCCACGACAGCCAACCACACAAGCCAAGUAACUAACAACUUAGCAAGCAAAGCAUAGCCUCAAGGAUUUCAGUCCAGCCUCUUUGUCGUUUGCACAGUUAAGCUAAGCGGAGCCAUAGUCUCCACGUACCUUGUUACUAACUGACUAACCAAACAGUAGAAACCUUCGUCUUCAACUAAGGAGUACUGACCGACAGCUUCACAACCAAGUCCUAUUAACCCUAACUAACGACUAGUCUACCGGUAGUCGAGUGGGAGAAGCCUCUAAUUUGAUAAAGACCCAUUUACGUAAACUCAAUUCUCCCAUUACUCGUUUCCCGAACCGUCGGAUUUUUUUUAGCUUAGUCCGGUACUCGGAGAGGGAAGAGACAGUGUCGAUCAGGUACGGCUAGAAUAUGCAAGAUUUUGACUUUGUCUCCCUCGACGCUAUGUAACAGCUCGAGCUAUGAUUGACCAGACAAGGUUAUGACAGCGUGGGAAAAACUCUGUUUUGGAACCGUUACUGCACGCAGAGUAGAACUUCGGCUGUGCAGCUUUGUAAUAGGACAGUUAUGGGAUUACGAAUAUCAAAGUUGAUAACUAUCAAAAUAGUAUCUCAACAAAACCAAACGCCAUCGUUCAUGGCACAAGCUUGGCACUAUCAUCUACCGUCAUCGUUCCGCAUUUUCCGUUACCCCAGUUUAACAAAUACCAAAAAGGGGAAUAAUAUUCAUACAAGUCCCAUCGCCUAACAAUGGUCAUCGCCUCUUCACACGUGUGUGUACAGGUCUUGUUGUGUUUUUUCAAUGAUGCCCUAUGCCAUAUCCAAAUAUCCCGAUGCCAACGAUGGCCCAAAUGAGAUAUCAUCACCUCCCGGUGCGAUACCCUCAUGUGCUGUGGCAAGAUCUGCCAGGUGUUGAAGGCCUUGGCUUGCUGCCGCUUCCACUGAUGAUGUUGGACGCAAGAAUUCCGAAAGUUUGUCGCGAACACCAUUCCACAUUUCGUUGGGCUUUUCCACAAUGUCCUUGAUCAACUGUGUGGCUUCUUCUCGCGACUUGUCGAUCUUAACAAGCUUCGCCAGAGACAUCGUGAUAAGAGACACAAAGUGAUUGACGAGUGGACUGCGUAGGUGCUCGUUUGCGAAGAGAAGGUUGAUCACUUCUUUGGUAGGCCAUAACGUUUCGGUCGGCGUGGCGCCUGGUGUCAAAAGCACAACCAUGAGCUUACAGUGCCAGUAUGCUAGAUGCACCACGGGAUGCGACGUAGCCAAGAUAUGCGCCGGAAGAUCUUCUCGGUAGUUCUCAACAUAAUCUGCGAGUAUGCGUGCCACUAUCUCCUCAGUUGUGGACAUUCCCAGCUGCAAUGUGAAGAUAGCUUGCCACAGACAGUUGAGCAGCUUCGAAAGUCCUAGAAUCCCGGUCAGCGAUCAAAAAUUACCUAGAAUGAACUAAUUAUCACUUACGAGCAAGGUAAAAGCACACAUCUCCCAGGAUCUUCUCCAGGCCAGGAGGAGCGACUGUACUAUUGUCCGGUAUCAUUGGUGGUUUUCCUUUGCCGACAGCAUGCCAACGGUCCAUCAGGAUCAAUGACCACCAUAUCCGCACUGAUAGCUGGUCAUCUGAGUCUGAAUCAGACUCCAAAACCAACUCGACGGGAGUGUAUCGCCAUAGGUUAAUCGAAUUGGCCAAUCCAACCGCACGAGAAAGCAAGUACGGCAAAGUUGGUGAUGAACGCCAGUCUGCAUCGAUAAUAAGCAGCAAUAGCGUUUGGGCAUGCACAAUAUAGGUGGCUUGUGUGGCAUGGGUUUCAUCGCUCUCGCGUUCCAUAAGUAGCAAGCUAGCUAGCUUUGUGUCACCACCGGAUCCUACGACAGCGGGAAGAGCAUUGGCAAAUGCAUUCUGGACGGAUGUCGGGCACUGCGAGAGUAACGCCUGCAUUCGACUCUUUGUGCUUGGCAAUAUCGGAUACACAGGGCCAACAGUUGACAAAUAACUGAAUAGCGACAUGUUAGUUGCAGGAAGGGGGUUCGGCGACGGAUCACUAACCUCUGUAGCAUGCUUUCGUCGAUGUCAACGGUCUCAUGAGCAUCGGGCAUUGAUACGUCCAUGGCAGCCACGGGAGGUUUAGAGGGCGUACUGUCUGGCCUAAUGGGUGUAGCUUGGGGUGCCAACGAGUUGUUGUUGUUGUAAGCUGAAUAUGCUUCAGAAGUCCCUGGCGAGGCCUGCAUCCUGUGGUCCGAGCCCCAUGGCAUUUGUCGCGAGGGUGUAACAAAAUCGUUUGUCGAGAUACUGGAGAAGGGUCGUUUUCGAGCGGCGUCCUCGCCUUGGCUUUGCCGAGGUCGAUCUGUGGAAAAGAGUCUGUCAAUGUCGUCUUGACUCAGGCCUCCGUCGGACUCAAGCUUGUUUUCGAUGCUAUGGAUGCGAUCUGCAAGUUCUUUGAUAUAUCUGUCGAGGCUGUCAGUCUUUAUCUUUCGGUGCGUAACUGCAAGUAACCAAAUCAUACCCUUUACUUGGGCCUCUUUUCUGAGGUACGCGGCUGAAGAGGCAUCUAAUGGAUGACCUAGCACAACUAGAACAGGGAGCGUCCCCAGUAUCUGACUGGGCGUCACACUUAAUUUUCUUCCUCCGACACUCGUCGCAUGCCCUUGACACCUUUGAUCGUUUUCUGGGUGGGAUGCUGUUGUCGAUAGGGUAUUGGGGGCCCAUGGGUGGCCCAACAGGAACAGACAUGGCGUGCGAUACCAUUUGGUCGCUCGUCGGAGUGUCGUGAACAUAUGACGGUGUCUGCUGCUGAUCGGGGUCGGGGUGGGGCAUGAUGCUUCGCAGGUUGGGGUCUUCGACGUUCAUGUUGGGGUCUGUGGUUGACAUCAUGGGCGCUCCAGCUAGGCCCUGGCCCAACUGGGCUGCCAGCUGAAGUUCUUCUAGAUUGGCAGGACGAGGAACGUGCUGCUGAGGGGUUUCCGGUUCUGGAGGUUGCAGGUCAUUCUGAUUGUGCUCUGGAACUUGCACAUGUUGUACUUGUUCCGGCGCAUGAUGGUCUGGCUGUUCAUGGUGAGGCUCGUGAUGGGGCUCAUGAUGCUCAUGAUGCUCGUGCUCUUGGUGGUCUUGAGGGACGUCUCGGCCACUGGUGUUGUAAAAAGGGCCAGCUUCCAUCGCCUCGGCGCCGGGGGAAGGAUAUGAGAUAUUGGCAUCCUCUGCCUCGUUUUCUAGCUUUGUACUCAUGGCUACAGCUGGCUUGACAUGCAGAUGGUACAGUCGGUUGGCACUCGAGGUAUUUUACGGGCGAGGACGAUCGUCAAUCAACACACAAAUAUGCGGAGAUGAGUAUUGAUGGGCGUAAUGCUUCAAUUGUUCCAAUAAUGAGACGCGAUAUGACGGCGUUCCACCAAAUUAAGCCCUGCGCGACGCGCGACGAUAUCACUGGACGAAGCCAUUGUUAGCAAUAGUUCGACGCGAUGUUGACCAAGUGCACACGAUCGUGAACCAAGCGAGGGAUGUCACGGAAAGUGAUUUUGCAGGCAGACGCGAUGACAUGAUUGUGUUCGUGCUGUUGAUUAGGAAAGCUAUAUCUUGGUCAUGGCGACUUACACGACUCUUGUUCUGGGAUCUCGGAGCUGGAUAAAUGCGAUACGACGGCGACGCCUCGACGGAAGAGGAAGAACUCGGCCCCGAUGACUUGGGGAUGGGCUGCCCUUGUGUGGGUGUUUUUGACAAGAUCACGGAGAAGGAAGAAUUUUUCGGAGUCUGGCGGGAAAUGCUCGGCCUGAACUUGUGCUCGCUUAGUCAGCUACCCUGGAGCUUAGUAUCUCGGACUGACAACCACAACCACUAUGUAAUCAAUGAAACAGUCAUCAUCAUUCUGUCAGCUUGAUAGAGCAUAAAGGCGAAUUAAAGUUUCCACGGUGUAUGUCAGUCAAGUUUCUCUCGACCGCUUUAAUUUAUCAGCUCGUGUAUAUUCACAGAUCAACCCAAUACAAGCCAUCAUUCUAUUGGCAAUUAAUUAGAUGGUCAACACAGGCAUACGCGCAGUUACAGUCUUGCUGCUCUG